AUGGGGUCGACGGUGAGGAACUUGUUCAGGAGUGUGCUGGUGCUGUGCUGGCUGACUGGCUUCUGCAGCGGGAUAAGCUCCAUCGACGUUGACCGGCCCGGUGAUGGGAGAUGCCAACCGAUAGAAAUCCCCAUGUGCAAGGAUAUAGGGUACAACAUGACGAGGAUGCCGAACCUGAUGGGACAUGAGAACCAAAGGGAAGCUGCCAUUCAGCUGCACGAGUUUGCCCCCUUGGUGGAGUAUGGGUGCCACAGCCAUCUGAAAUUUUUCCUUUGCUCCCUCUAUGCUCCGAUGUGCACAGAGCAGGUUUCUACACCGAUCCCAGCCUGCAGGGUUAUGUGUGAGCAGGCCAGGCUGAAGUGCUCUCCUAUUAUGGAGCAGUUCAAUUUUAAAUGGCCAGAUUCCUUAGACUGCAGCAAACUGCCCAACAAGAACGACCCCAAUUACCUGUGCAUGGAAGCCCCCAACAAUGGAUCAGAUGAGCCGCCCAGAGGAUCCAGCAUGCUGCCACCCAUGUUUCGUCCACAGCGGCCCAGCAGUGGCCACGAUCUGCAGCAGCAUAAGGACAGCCUCAGCAGAACCUCCUGUGAAAAUCCUGGCAAGUUCCACCAUGUGGAAAAGAGUGCUUCCUGUGCACCGCUCUGCACUCCAGGGGUUGAUGUUUACUGGAGCAAGGAUGACAAACAGUUUGCUGUCAUUUGGAUUGCCAUCUGGUCCAUUCUGUGCUUCUUCUCCAGUGCGUUUACUGUACUCACAUUUCUGAUAGAUCCCCAGCGUUUCAAAUACCCCGAGAGGCCCAUAAUCUUCCUCUCAAUGUGCUACUGUGUCUACUCGGUGGGGUACAUUAUUCGCCUCUUUUCAGGUGCUGAAAAUAUUGCCUGUGAUAGGGACAGCGGCCAACUCUAUGUCAUCCAGGAAGGACUGGAGAGUACUGGCUGCACCAUUGUAUUCUUGGUUCUGUAUUACUUUGGCAUGGCAAGUUCCUUAUGGUGGGUAAUCUUGACUUUAACUUGGUUUCUAGCAGCUGGGAAAAAGUGGGGGCAUGAAGCAAUUGAAGCAAACAGUAGCUACUUCCAUUUGGCAGCAUGGGCUAUUCCAGCUGUGAAGACCAUAAUGAUCCUAGUUAUGAGAAGGGUGGCUGGAGAUGAGCUGACAGGGUUGUGCUAUGUUGGAAGCAUGGAUGUGAAUGCCUUGACCGGGUUUGUACUGGUUCCUUUGGCUUGUUACCUAAUCAUUGGCACUUCUUUUAUUCUUUCUGGGUUUGUGGCCCUUUUCCAUAUCAGGCGGGUAAUGAAAACAGGUGGAGAAAACACUGACAAGUUGGAGAAGCUUAUGGUCAGGAUCGGUGUCUUCUCAGUCUUGUAUACAGUGCCUGCAACUUGUGUGAUAGCUUGCUACUUUUAUGAAAGACUUAAUAUGGAUUAUUGGAAAAUAGUGGCAACUCAACAGAAAUGCAAGAUGAACAAUCAGACAAAAAAUUUAGACUGCAUGAUGAAUAACUCUAUUCCGGCAGUAGAAAUUUUUAUGGUCAAAAUUUUUAUGUUGUUAGUUGUGGGCAUUACUAGUGGUAUGUGGAUCUGGACUUCCAAGACUCUUCAGUCCUGGCAAAACGUUUGUAGUCGAAGAUUAAAGAAGAGAAGUAGGAGAAAACCUGCAAGCGUUAUUACUAGCGGAAUCUACAAAAAACCUCAACAUCCACAGAAAACUCACCUUGCAAAAUAUGAGUCGACAUUGCAACCACCCACUUGUGUGUGACCAGGUUUCAGGAAAGACUUUGUCUGACCUUACAGACUUUAAAAUGUCCAUAGUAGC